UCUUCCUUCUGGUUAGGACUCCAGCAGCCGAGCUACUUCACUCUUUUUCUAUUGCAGUUGCAGAUCGUGCAGAGCUGCUAGAGAAGAGGGCGUUUCAGGGGGAAGGAUAACUCUUUUUCAUCAGAGCCCUAUAUCUGAAGAAUUGGGUUUUCAAAUAAGUGAAGUAAAUCCGAGCUAACGGAGAAUAUAGCUAUUUCCCUCUCUCAGUUCUUUACAAGGAGCUUAGAUCUGUCGGUUCGAAUAUUUUAAAAAAGUUUGCAGAAAGCUCAGAUAUUGAAAAAUGCCGGAAAAAGGAGUAAACCCCGUCUUUCAUCCGUGCGUUUUCUGGCCGAAUGCGUGGUUACAGAAGCGUUUUCCGAUUUUAACAGGGGCAGUCUUUCUGGGUAUGUUGAUCAUUUGGAGCAUUGGUGGAUGUACGAUCAGAGACCGCGUCAGUUUUUGGCGGAACCGGCAAGAUUAUUUGACCCUGAAACUUCAGGCCGCGUUUAAUCAUUCCCAAGACCAUGACAAUCUCACUUAUUUCAGCAACUCCCUCGGUCCUGUUAAUCGGACGGACUCUCAUACGAAUCUGAUCCAUAAGGACCAUGACAUCUCCCAGUCACCUGCGAGCCCUCCUCAAUCGGAAGUGGUUUCUCAUCAAAAUGUGACUGCCGUCUCCGAUGAAAAACCUCACCAAAGUUUGACGCACUUGCCCACACUAUCCAAUUUUAGCUGGAUUUCUGUCCAAGUAGAACCAAACUUAACGUCGAAUCUCCUCUCUAGAUGGUUAGACCCUGGAGGCGAACCGUGUCGAGAUUCACGAACGGUUGAUAUAAGAAUCCCUGGUCUGGAUGACCAAAAGCCGGUGGAAUUGUCGGCUGGGAAGAUCCAUGAAUUCGUUAUCCAAGCGUUGGACCAGUCGGGCAAACCCCGUUGUUUGGGUGGGGACUAUUUCGAAACAGACCUCUCUGGCGAGUCCUGGAAAACUCGACCUCCGGUGAGAGACUUGGGCAAUGGUUCUUAUUCUCUUUCUCUUCAAGUUCAUCCGAAUUUCACUGGCGAAUACAACCUCACCGUCAUUCUUCUCUUUCGACACUUCGAGGGACUCAAGUUCUCGCCGCACCGGUUCGCCUAUGAUAGAGAGCUCCGACGAAUUCCAGUCAAAUUCUACAGAAGUAACGCUACGUUACCCCAAAUACGGACUUGCCGGAAAUCGGACUUCUCGAGGGACGUCUGGUCCGGCCGGUGGACGAGACAUGGCAAGAACGACGACUGCAAGAUUAGCAACGAUGGUCGAUACCGGUGCCUGAACCUCGAUUUCCCUUGCCAGAAGCCCUGGUGUGAAGGGUCGUUGGGAUCGCUAGAGAGUAAUGGUUGGGUUUAUUCGACCCACUGCGCCUUUCGGAUCUUCAUUGCAGAUUCCGCGUGGAAAUGCCUACAGAACAGAUGGAUAUUCUUCUGGGGCGAUUCGAAUCAUGUAGACACGAUACGAAACCUCCUCAAUUUCGUCUUCGACUUGCCCGAAAUCAAAGCAGUCCCGAGACGAUUCGACAUGAAUUUUACGAACCCAAGGAACAGAAUGCAGACGGUUCGCAUCACGAGUAUCUUCAACGGGCACUGGAACGAAACUCAGAAUUAUGAGGGCCUGAAUUCGCUCCAAGACGAGGAGUAUCGGAAUUUGUUAAAGCGGUACUUCUCGGAAGAGACGGUGCCGGAUACGAUUGUUAUGAAUUCGGGGCUCCACGACGGCGUCCACUGGAAGAACGUAAGAAGGUUUACGCAAGGAGCAGAGUACGCAGCGAGGUUUUGGAAGGACGUAAUCGAGUCGGUGAAGGGAAGAGGGAAGCGUGCACCGGAAGUCGUGUACAGAACGACGAUCGCGACGGGAGGGUAUGCGAGGGUGCUAGCCUUCAACCCGAGUAAGAUGGAGGUAUUCAAUGGGGUGUUAUUGGAGAAACUGAAAGGUGCAGGGAUCGUAUCGGGGGUGAUUGACGAUUUCGAUAUGACGUUCCCGUGGCACUACGAUAACCGGUGCAACGACGGUGUGCACUAUGGGAGGGCGCCGGCGAAGCUCAAGUGGAGGGACGGAGAGAUAGGGCACCAGUACUUCGUUGAUCUCAUGCUGUGUCACGUGAUAUUGAACGCCCUGUGCGCACGAUAGAUGGUAGCCGAUUUUUUUAUUUUUUUUGAAUGUUGAGAGAUUGCUCCAACUCAAAGCACAAAGACAAAGGAGUUGAGACUGCAACGAGACACGCACGACGUUAAGAGGAAGGAGAACUAUGGUCUAUGGGAGAGGGACCGAUUAUUCUUUAUUGGUUAAUUAUUUUUUGUUGGGGGGAGGGGGUGGGCAAUUCUUUAUUGGUUAAUUAAUUGGCACUUCAAUUAUCAUGUGAUGUUAGGCUGUUACUUAGCUUGUCUGUAGCUAAUGUCGUUAGGGUCGUAGUUAAUACAGUUUUAGAGCUGAAGCAAGAAUGAAAGUGGGUGGAAACCCACCUAUGAAGAGAUGUAUUUAUCACGUAAGUUACACGAACACUCGCUUGAUUUUCAAUACCUUCAGUCUAUUGAAAAAGUUUAGAAAGACUUUUGAUACA